CGCUUAUUAUUUCAAAAAUACGAAAAUAGUAAAAAUUUAAUUGGUUUAAUGUCGAGGUGAGAAAUGUGUUGUGUGUUGAGGUGAAAAAUGUGUGGUGUUUCUAAUUUUUGUGUGGGCAAAAGUCAGUGAGGUGUCUAUAAACUCGGUGUGCUAAAUGACCUUACUACAAAUCUUUCAAAUCUCAAUUGUACUAAAAAAAGCUCACAGUAACAUUUGCACCUUCUCAUUGCAUUAACAUUCUCUGAUAUAACUACGCAUACAAACUUUCAACUAACGCAGAAUAUGUGCAUAUAAAACUGCGAAUCGAAUAAAUGAGUGAUUUAGAAAAGUUCAUUAUUAAUUAUAGAUUAACGCAAUCGUGAAAGACGUGUUGUGUAUGCGGUACAUAGUCUCAUGUUUGACUCAGGUUCAAUUCCUGUACACACUUUUCUUUGUUCGAUAUUUUUAUUUAAUUUUUUGUAUUUGGUUUAAUUAGAAUUGAUUUAAAAUAGUGUAUUCAGGUUUUUCUAAUACCUGUUAUUGAGAAAUUUAUUUUCUAUAUAACAUUAUUCAUACUUCUUUUGAAUUGAUUUAUGUAUAUGUAAAACAGCCAUAGAGGCAAUCAUUUGAAUAUGCAUUCCUAUAUUUAAUCUCUUCAGUCAAAUUUGAACUACUUACAUAAACAUAUUGAUGAGAAAAUAUUCUAAUAUCCAUGGAUGCAUUCAGAAAGCCAAACGCGCAUGCACGCAUAUGUAUAUAAAUAUAUACAAACCUUCAACGAACGCAAAAUGUAUGCAUAUAAAAAACAACAACUGCGACCGUCUUCUUGUCCGUCAGUGAAAAGAUGGGAUAUGUAUACCCUAUGAGCAAAAAGAACCGGGAAGGUGAUGUUGACUGUUUCUUUCGAUUGCCAAGGCAUAGUCCACCAUGGGCCAGACAGUCAAUAGAGAAUAUUAUUUAUCCGUUUUGAAACCUUAGAGAGAUGCUGUGUGUUGCAAACCGCCAGAAAUGUGAGCAAACAAUUCUCAGAUUUUGCAUGAUGAUAACGCGCUAUCGCACUGAUGAAAUAGAAUACAAAUCGGCCUGCCGGGGGUGUUUGGAGGACUGGGUUAAACGUUGGCACAUGUGUGUUGCUUCAGACGGGUCAUAUUUUGAAGGAGAUAAUAUAAAUCUGCCUUAAAUUUAACUCUGUUUUGUUUAAUUUAAACAUUCCCGGUACUUUCUGAUCAUAAGGUACAUAUAUGCAGCUUUGCGGACAGCAAUGUGUGAUUCGCUGUAAGUCGCAUUAACUCGCGACUGUCGCACAGUUAGAAGACAUAUUUACAUACAUAUAAGGGUGCAUACAUACAUACGGAGCCGCGGCCACUCGACAUGACAAAAAUUUAAGAUUUAUCAAAUAUUUUCAAAUAAUUCCACGCGAAAUAUUCCAAUAUUGACUAUUUUCGAAUGGUCGCGAAAAUGAAUGGUCGUUUUAUGAAUGAAAUUGAAAUAUGAGCUCUAAUGCUGAAAACAGUGAAGCCCGUAAACGCAAUUCCGGCCCAGCUGUUUCAAUCAAACUAAUGAGAGCCCCAUGUAAACGAAAAGUUCCUUCCUUCCGUAUCGUAGUACCGUAGAUUUUAUUUCACGAUUAUUAAAAAAAAUUCCGUAAUUUUGACCCAGCUGAUUGCACUCUCACCACACAGUGUUGCCAAGCAGUACAUUUCGAAAUCAUUUACAAAAUAAACUUAGAAAAAUUAUAAUUUUUGUUAAAAUAGCUUAAAAAUACUGUUCAAUAAUGUUAAUUAUAGAUAAAUGAACUAUUUGCAUUUGUUGGUUUUUGGCUUUGGUUUAUUAAACAAUGAAAAAUUGUAACUGAUAACGCGGAAGUGUGAAAAAGUGUGUAAGCAAAAAUAUCAAUGGCAACAUUGUGUCGAUACAAGCAGAUGCAUAUGCAUAUAUAUUUAUAAAUUUGUGUACAAACACAUAAAACACGGAAAUGGCGCUGAACGAUGAGCAUCUUGUAUCCCUAGUACAAGAUAAAAAGGAACUCUACGACAAGAGCAAUCCUCUAUAUAAGUUGCAGGGAAGAAAAACGAUGAUAUGGGAACAGAUCGGAAAGGAGCUGCGCACAAGUGGUGAGUGGGAGCUAUAUUUACUAGUAUUUCAAAUUUCAUAACAAAGUUAUUUUAGAGGUGAGGUAUGCAGACGGAGGUGGUUAGCUCUUCGCGAUCGAUAUGGCAGAGAAGCCAGAAAAUCAGAAGCACCAUCAGGCAGUGGAGCAGACUACCAGAGGCAGUGGUAUCUGCUUGAAAGCAUGUCGUUUUUAAGGCCGCAUGUUAUUCCUCGACCAAUUAGGUGCUCACACAAUGUGUGCCCAGCAGUAGCUUCGCUUACACCUUCAAUUGCUACUACUACGCUCUCACCGUUGCCACCAAUAGUGCCAGAAGAAGAGUUUUUUGAUGAUGUAGAUUCACCAUUGCCAUCAACAUCAGCGACAUCUCCACCCCAGUCACAGCGACCUAGCGGAAAAAAACGGGACAGAAGUGCUGAGGUCGAGAAUGGCAUCUUGGAAGCAAUCGAUCUCUUGAAAAAGAGAUGCCUAGAAAGAGAAAAUAAACCAAACAACUCGGCGGACUCCUUCGGUUACAUGAUUGGCUCAAUGGUUGCCAAAAUGAGUGCAGCUAAGCAAGCCCGGGCCCUGCAAGGAAUCCUCGAGGUUAUAUUUAAAAUAGAGCAGGAGCCGGAAUGAGGGUUUUUUUUUAGUUUGAAUUUUUUUUAAUUUAGCUUUAUAAUUCGUUGAAUUUUUUUUAUUUUUAUCUUUUAUUUCAUUUUUUUAAGUUUACUUUUAAGAAUCUUUGAAUUGUAUAGCAUACGAAAAGAAAGAAUGUGGAAUAUGAAUACUGUUAUUUUGUAAAUAUAUAAACUUUGUACCUGAAUUUUGAAAUAAUAAAAGAACUACUUGAAGAAUGAAAAUAUUUCCAAAUAUUUUUAACUGCAUAAAAUUACAGUUGGACUUUAUAUUUGUAAGUAUAUUUAUGUAUAUAAAUUGCAUAACUAAAAGUUCGUAAAUAAAAUUCAUGAAUAAAUAAACAUAAAUAAUAAAAUAAUUCAUUAUAUUUAUAUUUGUUUCACUUCACAUGUCUUUCAAUUUUAUAUGUAGGGUCCGCCAAU